CCUACUACUUAUGUGACCCACCACAGCAAUACUUGGAUUGCUGGCUGUCAUGGCUAUCGAAACGUCCCGGAUGGGCGAGAAUCCGCUCACGGCCGACUUCAACCAAUUCGUUACAGAAGUCCUGGCAAGAUGGAAGGUUCCAGGUAUGUCACUCGCCGUCGUUGACGGUGAGAGUGUUUACAGUCGGGGCUAUGGACAUGCAUCGCUCCCUGACGAAAAGGCAACUCCGGAGACCCUGUGGUAUGGGGCGUCCACAACCAAAGCCCAGAUUGCCGCCACUCUUGCCAAGCUCAUUGCCUCGAAGCAGUAUCCCGAGCUUGCAGAUGGCUGGGCGACACCGAUUUCGUCUAUCCUGAGAGACGAUUUUGUUCUUGAAGAUGAAUGGGCUACUGCGCAUGUCACACUUGAGGACGCAGUAUGCCAUCGUUCAGGGCUUCCCCGACAUGAUUCGGCUUGCGCGCGCACCAUCGACGGCAAGGAGCUUGCACCUGUCGAUCUUGUUCGCAACAUGAGGAACCUGACGCUGACGGCGGAGCCGCGCGUCAAGUUCCAGUACUGCAAUUUGAUGUACACCACGCUGGGCCAUGUCAUCGAGACCAUCACUGGGAAAACGCUCGGCCAGGCGUUGCGGGACGAGAUAUGGGGUCCUCUCGGCAUGGACUCGACGUACUUCUACCUCCAAGAGGCGCAAGCUGCACCGGCGCAUUUCGCAUCCGGUUACUACUGGGACAAGAAAGCCGAAACGUUCAAGGAGGCUGGCUUCAUGGGGACAACGGAGCUUGCUGGUGCAGGGGCGGUCAUCUCAACUGUGCAGGACUACAGCCGGUGGCUGAAGUGUUUGCUGCACGAGAGUGAACCCUUCUCCAAGGACGUCCACGAUGACAUCAGGAAACCAAGGAUGCUCGUAACUACAGAACCUACUAGAGGUGCCGACCUGAUUCACUAUGGACUUGGCUGGGCACGCAAAGUAUAUCGUGGGCAUGUGAUUUACUCACACAGCGGGGGUAUGCAUGCCUAUGGCGCCCAGACGUAUUGGGUCCCAGAGGCCAAGUUUGGUGCUGUUGCGUUUGCCAACACAUCCUGGUCAAGCAAUGCAGUCGAGGACAUCAUCAUCUAUCGGCUGAUCGAAAACAGACUGGGCAUCGCCGAAAGCGAGAGAUUCGACUUUGACGGAGACUGGGCGGAGAAAAUCGAGACUCUGGCUGCGGAAUUGCCACUGGAUGAAGCGAAAAGGACGGUCUUCCUGGACAAGCCAGAGGAACCUUUGCCAUCUACGUUCAAAAUCGAGGAACUCGUGGGGACAUAUGCAGAUCCUGGUUACGGUCGAAUGACUCUUGUCGGGCAGCCUCACCCACACCGACCAGGUGAAACAAUUCUUGUGGCGGAUCGGAGUAAUAUGACAUGGCAGUAUCAGUUGAGGCUAUAUCACGUUUCGGGAGACUACUGGCUGGUACACCUCACUACGCUACCCAACCCUACAUUCCUGAACGAGUAUCAACAAGGCCAGUUCAGGAGAGGCAUUGAUGGGAAAGUCUCGGCCUUUGAGAUCAAGUGGAUGAGCCGUGUCGAGGGCGCGCUCGAGGGCGAGUGCGUCUUCAAGAGAAUUCGAUGAGGGGGAAGUAUGAGUUCGACGACAAGAUGGACGGAUCUAAGAAGUGAUGGCCUUGUUAGCUGUUGUGUGCCAGAACAUCAUUGAGGUUGAGACGAUGUGGCAGAUAGUUGCAAUAAUCAGAC